GGUGAAUCAGUAUUAGCGGAGAGUCUGAGGAAGACUCUCUGAGAUUGUCCGAUGUACACUGCAUCUCAGUAAUCGUAUAUGCUCUGACUAGCUCAGAUUUGCCGACGGAGACACUGCGUGAGUAUAGAGAUUUUGACGUCUCAUAAGUAUCUCCCGGAACGUGGAGUGCAUGCCACGAGUCUGAUUGCUUCGGGUACGGUCAGACUGGGAUCGAGCGUUAAGCAAGAGAUGCUAGAAGCACAGGCUCAGGAAGGGCCCCUCUCUACUUUCCCUUGGUCUAUAUGAACCUGGCAACUGGUAUUUGCUACAGGCACGUGACCAGGUGUUUGAGCUCGCUCCGAAUAGCAGACGGUUCUCCCGCCUCAGCCUCUAUGAAAAUCAUUGGGAAGAAUCGGAAUCCUGCUCAAGAAAGAUUAUCGAAGCGACUAAUCACUCGAAGCGAUACUCUUUCCUGGACCUAGCAACCGAAGAUGGCCGUCUCUAGCGUCAUGAGCGACAAGGGCACUCGACAUGCCGUGACCUGAACAAAACGCCAAGAUGAAUGCACAGUUCGAAAUCGACCUAUGCACAGGCCAGCUCCAAGUCUGGUUAAUGUACACUACGCGUCCUAGGGCUUCAAACUCGACACGCGUAGGCAGCGUAAGAUGUUUCGAGAAAGUCGAGAUCCCAGAUAAGAUCGCCGAGCGAUGUAGCAUGGAAUAAAGCCUCGCCCUUGUUCGUUC